UGGCCCUGACAUUGCAGGCGAGGCGUAGUCACGAGUGGGCGUGGUCAUUUUUACAAGGGGAGGAGCCAUAUGUAAAACAAACCGAUGAACAGCUAAAUGGGCGGGGUUAUGUAAAACAUGGGGCGUGGGGACUAUCACAUGGAAACCACCCUUCCCUUAGAUGUUACGCCCACCUGCGUCAUGACGUUUACGCUCUGUGGAGGAGAGCGGGUGUGUAGUCUCCCGGCAGCAGGAGGAAAAUUUGUUAGUGUCACUGAUGCGAUUGACGUCAUAAUAUACUGAAUGGAUGUUUAUAGCCAUUUACUUCCUGGUCACAUUACAAUGAUCUAUUCCUACCAGCAUUCAGAUUCUAUUCAAUAUGGGGUCAUGUUUUUGGGGCAAUGCUUCUCCUCUGCGGUGUUGGACUGAGCUGCUUUAUGGAGUUAUGGAAAAUCCUAACGAUAACAGGAACUCAGAGGCCUAUUUUCUGCUUUUCUGGACAUUUUGGGAACUCUUUUGCCAAGGAUGUUUGCAGUCUGAAUCUUUGUGAAAACCUUGGAAAACAUUAAAAAAAUAGGUAAAAUUUUGACCUAUUCAUAAAAACUGUUGACAAAUCUGCUCCUAUGACAUCACUCGGCCUGUGUCCUCCUAUGUCAUGGCUCUAUACUAUUCGUUUCAAGAUAAAAAUAAAUUGUAAGCACCCGGCUGAUUUAGCAAAGAGCUGAGCAUUGUGCUACAUUGUUGCGUGGGAGGUUAAUGUCCUCUGAUGGAGGCUUCUGGCAUCGAUAGCUUCUGCGAUGAUGCAGAUCCUGGAUGUUCGGAGGGCAGAAGAUUGGUGGAUGGAGAGCAGAAAGCAUCUAAAGGCUCUCACUUUGAAAACAUCAAUGUUAUUGGUCAUGGGCUGAAAAAUUUGUUUCACCACCAGAGACGUCGAUCUUCAGUCUCACCUCACGAUGUACAGCAAGCCCAUUCAGAGCUUGAUCCAGAAUGCGAACAAGUCCAAACUGAGACAGAUGGUUCUGCUCAGCCUACAGCCUUGAACCGUGUUCUCCAGCAGAUCAGAGCUCCACCCAAGGUGAAGAGGGGGAGCAGUCUGCAACAGAACCGCAAAAACAAGUCUACCGCCAACACACGUGGCAGCCCACAGAUUGGCCGCCGUUCUGCACAAGAUAUCAUGGCCGUCCUUGCGCACCCAAGCCGUCCACGUUCUUCCUCUACUACCGAUGCUCAUGCUGCGGCUGCUGCCGCCUUGGAAAUUUCCAACACCUCUUAUAUAUCAAGAGAGGACUCAACUGAAAAGAUCGAUCGCCUGGAGGGUGGCGGCCUCUCGCAGGCAUCCAGUAUGGUUUCUUCAGGAGCAGAAGGUAUGCUCUGCAGUGAUGUUGAUGGGACCCCAGAUCCUCAGAGAACCAAGGCAGCCAUCCUGCAGCUGCAACAGAAGAUCCUUAAGUUAACAGAACAGAUAAAAAUUGAACAAACCGCAAGAGAUGACAACGUGGCCGAGUAUCUAAAAUUGGCAAACAAUGCUGACCGGCAACAGGGUGCCCGUAUCAAGCAGGUGUUUGAGAAGAAGAACCAGAAGUCCUCACAGAACAUACUUCAUCUGCAAAAGAAGCUAGAACAUUAUCACCGCAAACUUAAGGAGGUGGAGCAGAAUGGGAUUGCACGUCAACCCAAAGAUGUUUUCCGGGACAUGCAUCAGGGUCUAAAAGACGUGGGGGCAAGAGUUACAGGCUUUAGUGAGGGAGUGGUAGGCAGUGUCCGUGGUGGGCUGUCUAGCUUCUCUCAAGCCACCCAUUCUGCAGCUGGGGCAGUGGUAUCUAAGCCCCGGGAAAUUGCAUCCCUUCUUCGCAACCGUUUUGGGAGCAGUGACAACAUCGCAUCCUUGGAUGAUUCUGCAGCUCUUUCCUCCAUGCAGUCAGAAGACAUGGUAUCUGGGAAAGGACUGGGGACUCUAAAUUUGCUUCAGGCCAGUCCCAAAUAUGGAAGUGAGGAGGACUGCUCUAGUGCCACAUCAGGAUCUUUGGGAGCCAACAGUGCUAGUGGAGGGCCCGGUGGGGGAGGAGGUGGCGGGGGCAGCUCUCGGACAAACACAAUGGACCUACAUGGUUUUACAGGACUGGAAAUGGUGAUUCAGGAGAUCCAUGAGAUUCGGGAAGCCCAGAGUCGAUUGGAGGAGUCAUUUGAGGGUCUGAGGGGUCAGUACCAGAGAGACUAUUCAUUCAUUCUGCAAGCCCUCCAAGAAGAGAGGUACAGAUGCGAGCGACUGGAGGAGCAACUUAAUGACUUGACUGAGCUGCACCAAAAUGAGAUUUUGAACCUGAAGCAGGAAUUGGCCAGCAUGGAGGAAAAGAUUGCAUAUCAGUCAUAUGAGAGGGCGCGAGAUAUCCAGGAGGCAUUAGAGGCGUGUCAAACCCGAAUCUCUAAGAUGGAACUCCAGCAGCAACAACAGCAAGUCGUACAACUAGAGGGUUUAGAGAAUGCCACUGCCAGGAACCUUCUUGGAAAACUCAUCAACAUCCUCUUAGCACUUAUGGCCGUGGUGCUGGUCUUUGUAUCUACUGUGGCUAACUGCGUGGUACCCUUGUUGAAGACUCGUGGCCGGACGUUUGGAACGUUACUUCUCGUCCUGCUAGCUGCUUUCCUCUGGAAACACUGGGAUUCUUUCUCUGGACACCUUGAGAGGUUGCUGUCCCCACCCAGAUAACCACACACUCCUCAUAAACUGUAGGGCAUAGGGGAUGCCCCAGAAUUGAUUAGAUAGGCAAACCCCAAGAAGAUACCAGGAGUGCCCUUCGGGCAGUGCAGGGGUUAAAUCGGCCUUUUCCAUUUCACUGGGCUAUUUUUUUUAUAAGCAGCCAUGUCAGAAGGUGGGUUACUGCCAAUUAAUGUUGCUCUACCCUCCUUUCGCCUUAAAAUCUCUAGCAAGGAGGGACAUAAUGAGCACUUUGUAACCUUUCUUCAUUGUUAUUGCCCCCUGAAAGAGGACUAGUUAUCUGGGUGCACAGAGGGGGUCAGAGUGCACUGUUUACAUUGUAUGGAAGGAUUCUGGAGACCUUGUGGUUUUUACGGGGGGGGGGGAAGUUCCGUUUCUCCCCCUGACUGAAGGAUGCCUGCUGCAAUAUGUUUAUUUUACCGGGAAUCUUUCAAGGAUUCCACAUGUUCUUCUCCCUCCUCUGUCCCCUAAUUUACUUUUAUUUUGGUUCUGCGCCUUCAGGAUCUGUGUUGAGGGGCAGUUCUGACUGCAAUGAGGCAUGCUAGAGGUGUCCUGGAGCCUGAACCAGCAAGUGAAAAUGCUUUGUUGUGGCAAUAAGGUACUCCAAGCUGCUUCUGCCAUUCACUCAACCCAUAAAACAUCAGCUCUUACAAGUGCCUUAUUGCUUCUGUUCCUCAGAAUUGUCAGCUGGAGGGGAAUUGUUAAAGAGCAUCUUAACUACCUUUACACUGGAAUACAAGACUUUGAGCUUCCUUCUUCCCAAACAUUCUUUUAAGCGUUUUUUUGUGCUGAGGGCCUACCUGCGAGGCACUAGUGUGCCAUUUAAUGCACUACAGAUCUCUUCAGCGGAACAUUCCUUAUUUAGUUGGUUUUUAGAAGAAAAAGAUGCAAAUUCCAAAUUUAGAUUAACCCCUUUGCUGCCAGAGGAGUAGCUUAUCUGUGAAAUGGUUAAUAUUUCAUAACAUCCCUCAAUCAAUUACCGAACACAGUAUUUUAGAUAACCCUUUUUUUUUUGUUGAGGUUAUAAUUAUUUUAUUUGAUUGCAGUAGCAGUUCAGGGAUGAAUAAUGCAUUUGUUAGGCCACACUUUAAAAGAGAUCCUCAAGCUGCUAAGAACCACAGGGGUGGAAGGGGGAGGAACUUGUGGCACUAGAGGGGUGGAUGUUUAGGAAGCAGUGCUGAUUUGGUACUAUGUCUUUGCUGUAAGUGUUCCCUCCUGUUCUGUAAAGGAGGUUUGGUUUUUCUUUGUUUAAUAUUUUAAUAAUUAUUUGGAGUGAGAGGGGAAGUGUCAAUGAAUAAAAAAAUAAUGUUUUUAAAUGAG